AUGCCGAAAAAAAUUCACUUACGCAAUCCUUUCAAAUCUAAAAUUCAUCGUUUAAAUGGACUUAUACGAUCAAAACGAUUACCAAAUAAUCCAGCAUUAUGUCAAAGUUUUUGUGAUCAUAUGACUUAUGAUGUAGGUACGUUACCCCCAAAAGUGGAUCUCCGUGAAGAAAUGACUCCAGUCGAAGAUCAAUCAACCAUUGGCAGUUGUGUCGCCAACAGUCUUGCAGGUACAUACGAAUAUUUAAUAAAGAAAGCUACCGGUGAACAUAUUGACGUUAGUCGUCUAUUUAUCUACUACAAUGCUCGACUCAAAGAUAGAGAUUUAAAAAAUGUUUUACGGGCUCGAGCUACAAAAAGAAAGACAUUGGUGGAUGUAGAAGAUUCAGGCUGUACGAUAACAAGUGCUAUUGAAGCUCUGUCAGAAUCAGGAACAUGUCUUGAAUCACUAUGGCCAUAUGAUCAUGAACUUGUAAACGUACGUCCUAUUGAUGAAGCGUACAGCGAAGGUUCCAAUCAUCUGAUCACUGAAGCAUUUAAAAUUGAUGUCGAUUUACACCAAAUGAGAUCAUGUUUAGCCCAAGGUUUUCCCUUCGUAUUCGGCAUAAAGCUGUUUCCGUCUAUCAGAAGAGCUGAAGAUUUCGGUCAUGUGCACAUCCCUUCUAAGAGCGACAAAAUUAAGGGUGUAUUCGGAAGUCAUGCUAUGUUAGCUGUUGGCUAUAGUAAUCGUUCUAAAGCAUUCAUUGUUCGAAAUUCAUGGGGCGAGGAAUGGGGCGAUCGAGGCUAUUGUUAUAUUCCAGAUGAAUAUAUGACCGAUAAAAUACUGUGUUAUGAUGUGUGGACUAUUCGCCAAUUAGCCAACGAUAAUUUCAGCAAUGACCAUUGGGAUCAAGAAGAUCUGAUUGAUUAUCGAGCUUCAGCUUCAUGCCCGGAUUCCAUCGAUGAAGAUGAAGACAUCCAGGCCAUUGAAGAAGUCAACGAAGGUGAUGAUGAUGAAGACACCCAGGUCCCUGAAGAAAUGAACGAAGAUGAUGGUCAUGAACAGGAAUAG